UGUGUGCGCUUGCUUUACAGUAACCAUGACAACCACUCCAAACGACGGUCAUCGCUAACACUAGUUCACUUCAGAAAGCACUUGACUGAAGAGACGCUUAAAUUCAUUAUAUAUUUACUUGUUAGCUUGUUGCGGUGUUUUCUAUAACAAAAUGGACUCGUCGUUGAUUCUGCCUGUCGAGGCAGAAGGGUUUGUUCAAAGUCUGGAAACUUUCUCCCUCAAGGAAGUGGGCUCGGCGAGGUGGUUCAGGCAGCAUGAGUACAUUGAGAAACUUAACAUGCAGGCCAUACUGAAUGCUUCUGCCAUGCAUGAUGAGUUUGUCAAGGAGCUCCUGGUGUCAUAUGGAAAGAUACCUGUUCUGGUCCAUGAAAUGAUCCUUGUGGAAGUGUGGAAGCAAAAAGUGUUUCCUGUCUUGUGUCAACUGCAGGACUUUAAUCCCAAGAACACAUUUCAUCUUUACAUGGUGAUCCACCAUGAAGCUACUAUCAUAAACCUUCUUGAGACAAUAAUGUUUCAUAAGGAGUCAUGUGAGGCAGCUGAUGACUCUGUGCUUGACUUGGUGGAUUACUGCCACCGCAAACUCACCCUGCUGGUCAGCAAAGUAACCAGGGAUUGUGUGACAUCUCGUGAUCAACACAGCCUGCCAGGGAAAGCAGUCGUUUCCUCUAUAGAGGAGUUGCAGAUGCAGAGGGAUGCACUGGAGUUUGAGAUCUCCCUGAAGGCCGUCUCUGUGCUGCGCUACAUCACUGACCACACAGAGAGCAUCAGUGUUAUCAAUCGCAUGCUGUGCACUCAUAACGUCCCUUGUGUCCUGGUUCAACUGAUUGACUGCUCCCCUUGGAGUCGCUUCAGAGAAGGUGAAGUAGAAAAGUUCAUAAAUGGCAGAUGGCAGAAGAUUCCUGUUGAGGACCGUUUGAAGAUAACAAAACUAGAUGGUCAGGUCUGGAUUUCCCUUUACAAUCUGAUGCUGAAGGAAGACUGCCAAAGAAAAUACGACUUCAACAACUUUAACAAGAACCAGCUUCUAAAGCUCCGGGGUUUCUUGACAGAAGUGUUGAUUGAUCAGCUGCCAAACCUGGUGGAACUGCAGCGUUACCUGGCUCAUCUUGCCGUUACAGACCCUGCACCUCCAAAAAAAGAGCUCAUCUUAGAACAGAUCCCAGAAAUAUGGAACCACAUUGUGAGAGAGAAUUCUGGGAAGUGGAAGGCAAUAGCAAAGUAUCAAGUUAAAGAAACUUUCAACCCGUCUGAAAGUGACCUGAAGAUGCAGGCACAGAGGUUGGCCCAGACAUACAACCUGGAUUUGAUGGAGAGUUUACUCCCUGAGAAGCCAAAAUGUGGGCUCUGUGGGAAAGAGGCUGCAAAGAGAUGCUCUCGUUGUCAGGGAGAAUGGUACUGUCACAGAGAAUGUCAAGUGAAGCACUGGCCUAAACACAAGAAGUCCUGCCAGCUUAUGGCUGAGGCCACAGAGAAAAUCCAGAGAGACCUGCAUGUCCACAGCCAGGAGUGAGACCACUGAGCCACAUGUAGGAAAGCAGAAGCAGAGGGUGAGGAGCAUCACCACAAGAAGGAAGAAUAAAUAUGCAAAUGGGCAAUGCACAUUUGAAUUACUAAACAUUUUAAAAGGGGAAUCAUCUUUCUUUUCACGCCUGAAAAGUUGAUGUCCUAUUUGAGAAUUUUGUUGUUCCUUUGUCUUUUGAAAUCUUUAAAGUGAUAACCUUUGAGCAUAUUGUUUUAACAAUUCAUUUGUUUCUGUAAUGAAAGCUUAUGGGGAUUUUUUUCCCGCUUUUUUUUUCUCAGUCAUUUUUAUACUUAUGAUUUGGUGUUCGACACAGUGCAGGUGCAGUCCAACAGCAAAUAAAAAUGCCUUAAUAAACU